CGUCACGCCCGCACUGUUUGCGUUCGGGAGGAGCGCCCCAAUCUGCCGUUGCAUGAACUCAGACUCGCUGCUAGCACCAUAUCUUAGCUACGUACAAACACCGGCGCCACGGCCAGACUUUGCUGUGAAAAGCUGUGAUUGGACCAACGUCAGACAUGCGGAUAUCGAUGAGUCUUGUUUCUAAACGCUGAUCUGUAUGCGUCACCAGCCUUUCCUAUUGAAGUGAAUAGGGUCGGACCAGUGUGGCAGUUGGUGUGGAUGUCUUCUGAUUGGUCGGUUCUCCCGAUAGCAAACCGAAAGCUCCACGUCUGCACGCCCCCACUCCGCAGGUAGCAUCAUGAAGCGGAGUCACCCCCCCAGCAGCAGCGAAGACUCCGACGAUGGAAGUAACGCUACCGCCUGGUCGCUGCACUCAAAGUCGCCUUUUAGAGGAAACUCCUGGGCCAGGUCAGAGGGCAGGAAACCUUCAGAGGUGUUCCGCACUGACCUGAUCACAGCGAUGAAGCUGCACGACUCUGCUCAGCUGAGCAGGGAGCAGUACUACGUGCUGGCCGAUCCCUGGAGGCAGGAGUGGGAGAAGGGGGUGCAGGUGCCCGUCAGCCCCCAGUCCAUCCCCCAGCCCAGCGUCCGGACCCUGGCGGAGAGGGGGAAGGCCGUCUCCUUCACCAGGCCCAAGAAGCUGAUCCGCAUGCCGGACAGCGAGCCCCCGGUUCUGGGCUACGUGGACAUCUGCACGCUGGCCGACAGCACCUGCCGCUACGACCUCAACGAGACUGACACCGCCUGGCUGGAGAUCGCCAACCAGGAGCUCCACGCCAUGGGGAUGAAGACGCUGGAUGAGAUCACCAUGGAAAGGGUUCUGGAGGAGUUUGAGCGCCGUUGCUACGACAACCUGAGCCACGCCAUGGAGACGGAGGAGGGGCUGGGGAUCGAGUACGACGAGGACGUGGUGUGUGACGUCUGCCAGUCCCCCCACGGCGAGGACGGAAACGAGAUGGUUUUCUGCGACAAGUGCAACAUCUGCGUCCAUCAGGCGUGUUAUGGGAUACUGAACGUCCCAGAGGGCAGCUGGCUGUGCCGGAUCUGUGCCCUGGGCGUCCUGCCCAAGUGCCUGCUCUGCCCCAAGAAGGGCGGGGCCAUGAAGCCCACUCGCAGCGCCACCAAGUGGGUGCAUGUGAGCUGUGCCCUGUGGAUCCCAGAGGUGAGCAUCGGAAGCCCAGAGAAGAUGGAGCCCAUCAUGAACGUGUCGCGCGUGCCCAGCAAUCGCUGGGCCCUGCAGUGCUGCCUGUGUAAGGAGAAGAGUGGGGCAUGCAUUCAGUGCUCGGCCAAAAACUGCCACACGGCCUUCCACGUCACCUGCGCUCUCGACCACCACCUGGAGAUGAACACCAUCCUGACCGAGACGGACGAGGUCAAGUUCAAGUCCUUCUGCCCCAAACACUCGUCCCGGGAGGACGGGGUGAUGAAGGAGGAGGACGAGGAUGAGGAGGGGAGGGCAAGGGCCGUGGGCCCCCAGGAUGGCUCGCCGCGGCGUUCUCUAGCCCCGUCCCUGACGCCCGCAGUACCGGCCGCCGCCCAGCAGGAGGCGCCAGAGCUGAGCCAGCGCAAGCUGAAGCUGCAGCAGCUCAACGACCAGUUCUUCACCCUGGUGCCCGUGGCCGAGGUGGCCCGCCAGCUGCAGCUUCCUGUUGACACGGUGGACUUCCUGUUCCAGUACUGGAAGCUGAAGAGGCGGGCCAACUUCAACCGGCCCCUGCUCACCCCGCGACGGGACGAGGAGGACGACCUGGCCAAGCGCGAACAGGACGUCCUGCUGCGGAGGCUGAAGCUUUUUACACACCUCCGACAGGACCUGGAGAGGGUGCGGAACCUGACCUACAUGGUGACUCGGAGGGAGAAGAUGAAGCGGUCCAUGUGCCGGGUGCAUGAGCAGAUCUUCCACCACCACGUCCGGCUGCUGGAGGAGGAACGCCAAUCCGGAGUCUCCUCAUCGGCCUGUUUGGAGGACGCGCUGUUCUUCAGCUGGGUCUCCUCCCUCGUCUCCAAGCCCAAAUGUCCGCAGGCGGAGCGGGCUUCUCACCGGGGGGAGUGGAGGAGGAGGGGGGGAGACCAGGGCGAGCCACAAAAACCCCCCCACAUCACCGCUAACAUUGCUAACGCUAACCUUGCUAACGCUAACACGGCAAACGCUAACGGCGCUAAUGCUAACAUCAGUAACGCUAACAUCGCUAACGCCAGAACUCCCGCCAGCUGCAAACCGGAGGGCAGGAGGACGAUUCUGAACGCUCCCAAACCCGCCAAUCACAGGGAGGCAGGACCAAGGACGGUGGGGGCGGGGCCAGUUUUAACAAAGGCAGGGACAGAGUGCCUGAGGAGGAGGGGGGGCGGUGCCCGGGGCGGGGAGGAGAGGCGGAACGGUCUCAGGGAGAGGGCCCCGCCCAAGGCCAAGACCAGGACGCCGAAUUCAGCCGAAGCGCCAGCGAAUAAGCAGGGGGAGAAUGGGGGUGUGGCUGAGGUGGGGGGGCAGGAGAGGGGGACACAGGGGGCCCAGCUGUGCCCUGGAGCGGGGGGCCCAUACCCCCGCGUCUCCCUGGAAAGGCUGCCCAGGUGGAACGGGGCUCUGCUGAGGGCCCAAAUGGGGUUCAGCCCAGACGUCAGUGCACCUCCCCUGCCGCAGCCCGUCACCCCCCCACCCGGACCCCCACCGUCCCGUACGGCCACCGGGAACGGCAAAAACUGGGGCAGCUUCCGCAUCCCGAAGAAGAGCGACAGGCUGCUUCGAGCGCAUCCGCCGGGCCCCAACGACUCUCUGCCCCCCGCCCAGGGACACGCCCCCCAGCCGGGCCGCUCGGAGAGAGACGCCAAGGGGAAGAAAUGCCACGCCCAGCCGCCACGAGGCCCCGCCCCCAUCACGCGCCGCUACGGCGGCGACUUCCUGCGUCCUGGAAUUUUGGCGUCCUGAGAGCACUCGAAUCCCCCACUGCCAAUGACCCACAGUGCAGAAACAGGCCUGUCUUAACGGUGUUUUAGUCCUGUAAUGAGACUUCAAAUCUUGUUACUUUUUUUUUUCUUUACUAUCAAGUUGAAAAUAUUAGAUCGUUUUAGGUUACUUUUUCGCUUGACAAGUGAACUUUUCUUACGCCAUUGGCAAAUCUUGAGGGAGUAAAACUAUCUCAACCCCAUUGGUAAUCUUUUUGUCUUAUCAAUUAAAAAAGUAAUAUAAAUAAGAUUUUUUGUCUUAAAUGUAAGACUAAAAUACAGUUAAGAUUAUUUAUUUUUUGUUUUUGCAGCGCAGUCCUUUUUUCACUGUUAAUUUUAUUAGAUUUUAUUUGAACACUUCAAAGAUUCCACCACAAGCUGAUAUUUAUUUGU